AAACAUUUCAAUGAACAAAGAAAACACAACAGUAAAGAAAUCAUUUCUAAAUUUUAUCCAUUCAAAAUACACCUCAACUCCACAUCAAAACACACAUCACUCCAUUUUCUCCCUAUAAAUACCAUCUAAAACUCCCACUAUAUCUCACACCACAUUAAAUUAUAUUCAUCUUAUUAUCCUCUCUCUUUCUUAUUUCUUCUUUGUUCGAGGCAAAUUAAUCAAACAACAUUAUGGGUAUCAAUACCUAUGCUCAUGAGUCCACAACCACAGUUGCACCUACUAGGUUGUUCAAAGCUUUGGUUCUUGAUUCUGACAACCUUAUCCCAAAAGUGAUGCCUGAUGUUAAGGACAUUGAGACUGUUGAUGGAGAUGAAACCAUCAAGAAGAUGAACUUUGUUGAAGGUGGUCCAAUAAAGUACUUGAAACACAAGAUUCAUGUGGUUGAUGAGAAAAACUUGGUAAGUAAAUAUUCACUUGUGGAAGGAGAUGUUCUUGGAGACAAAUUGGAAUCAAUUACUUAUGAAGUCAAAUUUGAAGCUUCUGGAAAUGGAGGAUGUGUUUGCAAGACAACAAGUGAGUACCACACAAAAGGUGAUCAUGUUGUUACUGAAGAAGAACACAAUGUAGGCAAAGAGAAAGCCAUUGACCUUCUCAAGGCUGUCGAAGCGUACCUCGUCGCCAAUCCUUCUGUCUACGCUUAAAUGAAUGAUGAAAAAUGAAUCAGAUCCACACCUACGUGCGUGUUGUGACGUUAUAUGCUUAAUAAUUAAAAGUGUGUGUUAUCUUUAAAAAACUUAAAAACUUCAGAUGAGACAACUGAGAAGUCGGACUUAAAAUAAUUAUAUACGGAGUUUUAUCAAUUCGUCAAAAGUUCCAAGGGAUUGAGUUUUACAAUAUCGUCAUAGUCUUUUGUUGAGUGUGUUCUUUUUCCAAAUGUAUGUCAUGGAGUGAACUUUCAAUAAAGAAUGGUAUCAAAAGUUAAAUACUUUUCAAA